UCCUCGAGAGAUUGGAGAGCUUAAAGAUUCUCGUAUCAGAAACCCACAACUUUUGUGCAAAAUCUCUCUAAUUACUGCCAACAGCCGACGCCAAAGAGGGAACACAAAAGGUUUGGACUCAUUGAUAUUUACCACACCAGACGUUUUGGGACAAAUAAAAUGUCUGAGGAUUGCCAGGCAAAGCCUCGUCCGCGUCCUGCUUCUAGAACACGCCCACCCGUUCGACCUCAACGCCAGAACGAAAACCAACCGGAUAGUGCAGCACCAAAGGCACCACUUUGUGAUAUCAAUGGAGCAGACAAACAUGUUAAUGUUGAUGCACGUAAAGCAAAACGACGAGCACCGAGCCCUCCAAAUCGCAGUCCUGCUUCAAAUCCAAGAUCAGAAGGGUCGAUACCCAGAACUGGAUCGCUGACACGAAGCACAUCGGGAAGCUCAAACUCGAGUCCGAUUGUUGCUAUGAGAUCCGAAGCGGCCAAGUUGGCUACCAUGGCAACGGAUGCAGAACGACGAGUUAAGGAAAUGUUGAGUCUGCGCGGUGAGAGAGACGAGCAAAGUGAUAUGAAGCGAUCAGUGACGUUGCCGUCGAUUCGUAUUGAUCAACAAGAGAAAGACGAUCAACGUCAAGACGUCAUGCUAAGAGAGCGACGUGGACCUCCAGAUCGACCGCCACCAUUCUCAUCAACUUCUCAAUUUAAUAGUGGCUCUAACGUAAAUAUGAAAUCUAAAAGCACGUCGCUGCUCACUCGAGUGUCACAGAAACCGGAAAAGUUGGAUAUUACUUCUAACACUAAAACAGAUGCCAACACUCUGGCUGUUCAGUAUCCUGGCUACACGCCGACGACUCCGCCUGAUAUUGAUCUGAAUGGAGGACAGUUGGUUCGGUUUGCUGGCGGUUUUGAGAUUUGUGACACGUAUGCGACCAAGGAGUACGAUCGAAGGAAUAGAGAUAGCAAUCCUUUUGUUGCUUCGGCCGAGUUUGAGCUGGAGAAACGAGUGAAAACGAUGGAUUUGUACAUCGUUGAGUUACAGAAAGACGAUAAAGUUGGUCUUGGUUUGAGUGUGUGUGGUACAAACAUGAGCUGUGAGCUGAGUUUUGACAAAGUGAUUAUGAAUAUAUUUGUCACAGCCGUUCAUGAGAAUGGUCCGGCAGCACAGACUGGACAAAUAUCUGUUGGUGAUCAGAUUGUUGAAGUGGAUGGUCACUCCCUGGUUGGGGUUUCGGCAAAAACGACUAGGGAAGUGUUUAGUGCAACUAGUCAUAUAGUCAGACUACAAUUGGCAAGGGAAAGGUCAACCGAUAAUGAGAAUUCUGAUGUGACUGACAGUGCUAGUGAAUUAGAAGCUGUUAUGAAGGGAAAUCGAGAUUUACUUCAAAAGGUGGCCUCUCUGGAGAAUGCUAAAACAGAAGCAGAAGCUAAGUUGCUUGAGGUACGAUCCGAACUUGUAUCGGCUCAUGGUCUAAUAGAAGAGCUGCAGUCCAUGAAGGAAGAAGCUGCACUUCUAAUGAAGUCUCUUGAAGACCUUCUUUCCGAACAGACAGCAAGAUGUAAUGACGCUGAAAGUGAAAAAGCUCUAGCAGCUGCAGAUGCUGUCACCGCCUUAGAACAGCUCCAAAAAGAAGAGGAACAAGUAGCUCAAUUGCAAGCACAUAUAGCAGAACUAGAACAGCAUGCAAACAAGUCACUGGAGAGUGAGCAGUCUGCUAAUGAAAGCAGUGAGGCAAUCGGUCAACUACAUGAUGAGCUAGAAGAGUCAAGACAACAGCUGAGAGAGUGGGAAGAAGCAUACAUGUCAUUAAACGAAUCUCACAAUCAAACCCUGCAAGAGUUGGAGGCUAUGAAGACUGUAUUAGCUGAAGAGCGUGAAGCUUGUAAACAGGCUGAAGACGAUGUAGCCGAGUUGGAUGAGGCGGUGAUUGGAGAACAAGAAAGAGCAAACAAACUGCAGGAAAAACUUGCAUUAGUUGAGGAAUCUCUUCACGAUGAGGUCACAGCAAGAAAGCAAUUGGAAGUCGAACAUGCAAAGAUUCUAGAAGCUGAAAAGGUGCUUCGGCAAAAGGCUGAAAGAGAUCUCGAGGAGCUACGGAGAAAAAUUUCAGAUGGGCAACUUGUAGAUGUGGGAGCAAUCACAAACAAGAGAGGAGCAAAGAUAUUUGACAGUGAGCUGAAUCAGGCUAUACCUCCUACAGAACUUUUGGAUGUAUCUGCUAGUAAAGAGCGUGUUUGGUUGAGCUCGUACAGCCAUCGUCGAAGACCAAGUCAGUAUCUAUUAAAACGAUAUGCACAAGAAGAACAAGAUCGUAUGGACGAGUUGUUACAUGCCGACCAUAGAGAUGACAUAGAAACAAUUCAAGAACAGGAUGACAAGGAAGGAACAACACUUGAGGGCGUAGAUGAGCACCAUGAGCCCAUAGGUGUACAGGUACAUGUAGAAAGUGAUCAAACAGACGAUGACAUACAGAACAAAUGUGACUUGCAAACACCUAUUUCUUUACCACCAGUCAGAGAAACCGAACCAAUACCUCGAAAACGUGCCGCUACUACAAAUUCUCACACUAAACCUGUACCUUUAAAGCCAGUACGAAAAUCAAGUCUUACAUGGAAACCAAUAGCAGAAGCUCUUACGAAGGAAGGAGAAGAUGAAGUCGAUGCGGCUGCGUUUAAACGUUCAUUUACUGUCUCGGGUCGUCAAGGUCAGAGUGUGAAGGCUCUUGGUGCUUUGCUUAGCCAGCAGCUUCCCAUGAAACCAUCCAAUGUGAAGAAGCGUCAGGCUUCUUUGCCUGUCGUGUCACCAAGAUCACCACCAUCAACUACUUCACAGGUUAUUAGAGAAGAGGUUGUAUCCGAUCGUCAUGACUCUGUGCAAGAUGAAGAGGUUGUGUGUGUCACAUUAACGAAGUCACUGCCAGAGGAGAAUAUGUCAAUUGGUCAACAGCCACCAGUUCUUUCUCAAUCUUGCCAGUCUCUGUCUAGUGACGAGACCAACAAAGUGCAUGUUGAUACUGAUGGAGAUGGACAAGACCAAAACUUAGAAAUAGAUAACAUAAAUGUUGAAGUGGACAUCGACAAGGAAUCAAGGCGUCCUAAACCACCUACACGACCUCCUCCUGCAUUUCCUUUACCAACUCUUCACUCUCCAUCUGCUCUCUCAACAGACACAUCUGUAGACAAUCCUACAACUGACACUCAUGAAGAAGUCGUAACGUCUGAGGACGUCAGUGAGACAUCAUCACCAUCUUCCACCAGCUCGUAUCCCUUUCCCAUCUCACCCAGUGACCGGUACGAUGUAACACCAGAUGUCAGCAUACCCAUACCAUAUCAGCAUACAACGACUGUUCUAGACUGGGGGCUAUCAGAGGUUAGCAAAUGGCUAGAAGUUAUCAAGUUGGAGCAGUACAUUCCUGUCUUUCAAGAACAUGGCGUUGAAGGAUCCCAUUUGCCUGGAUUGGACGAACCCUCACUAAAAGCCAUGGGAGUAUCCAAUACUCAUCGUGUUAUCAUUAAAAAAGAGAUUAAAAUUAUGAAGAGUCAACUGGAAAAGCUCAGAAAGAUGGAAAAGAAGAGGGCAGAAGAAGAGGCGAAACUGGAGAGAAAGAGACUAAAAGAUGAGACAAAGUCAGCAAAGAAAAAGAAAUAGUUGGUUCUUUAGUCUACCAAAUAGGUGGGUUGUAUGUAUUAUGUAAUUGAUGCACUAAAUUGUUGCAUUUAUUGGGCACUUAGUCAUUGAUGUGACGGUUUCAAUUGGAUGAUUACUAUGUAGUAGGUGUUCAUUGUAUUUGGUAUUACUUUUGAUUUUUACAACAUCAACAUGAGAUAGUUUGUUUAAUUUUGUCAAUUGGGAA